AUGAGGCAUUUAAAAUACAGGAAUGUAGACGAACAUUAUGUUGUUCCAUUAAAUCACUCCGAAAUUGCAGAGAUGGAUGAACGAUGUCCGAUACAUAAUAGAAAAUUCUUGGAGUUGUUUUGCAAUAAGUGUGUAACACCCGUGUGUGCAGUUUGUAUGCGAGAAAAGCACAGUGGCCAUAACAUCGGAGAUUUUGCCACGAUUUAUUCCACGGCUUUGGACUUCGUUAAGGAUAAAAUAUCUACAAUCAAAAAGGAAUUGCUGCCAAGGUGCAAGGCUUCGCUUCGCGAAAUACGAAAGAAGGAACGCGUUAUUCAAAAUCAGAUUUCAAAACUAACCGAAACAGCAGACGAAUAUGAAGAUUAUUUAAAUGGAACACCUUACGAAUUGGUCUCGUUUUACAGAAACAGGAAAUCGGAGCCAGAAGAGUUGUUGCUACCAGAAAUUAAAAGCGAGAAUUCUCAAAUAGACGACAGACCGAUGUUCCAAAAACUUUACAAAGCAACACAUCUGGACCAGUAUGUACGUGUUCGCGAAGCUUUCAACCAUGGGCGAUCAACAUCGAAAACCUCAAGUCCCAGUACCAUGGACACAUCCGAAGCUGUUAACAAUGAAAUUUCCGUGCCGGUAGUAAAAAGCGCUCAUCAUAUAUCAUGCACAGAAGAUGGCCAUGUUUGGGUGAGUGACAACUUAGGGAAUUUGGUUUUGAUGGAUGUUAAAGGCAAAAGUCUCAUGAAGUUGGUCACCAAUGGAGGGGACGAAGGAUAUCACUCGGCAACAAUCGACGGAGAACUGAUCUACGCCGACAAGACCCACAAAUGCGUGAAGAAAAUCACGACCAACAAAGAAGUGCAAACGAUCUUCAAAACGGGAAUGUGGAGGCCGACGUGUGUCUUUUCCUCGCCAAAGAAUAAGGACAUCUUUGUCGGGUUAGUUUCCGAUCAGCACGCAAAAAUCGGGAGAUUUGAUAAGACGGGGCGUUCUCUCUUCGACAUUGACUCAGAUAGUAGAGGCGAACCGUUGCUAAAAUACCCCCUGUAUUUGACCGAGAACAAAAACAACGACAUCUGCGUUUCUGACGUCAACAAACACGCGGUUGUUGUUAUAGACAUGUACGGACGACACCGCUUCUCCUACAAAGGGGGUGGCAAUCGUGGUUUCUGGCCCCACGGAAUCAGCACGGACGACGAAGGCCACAUCUUGAUCUGCAACUCCUACUACUCAAAUCCCUCUGUUGAGAUGAUCGACAAAAAUGGAACCUUCCUGUUCAUCAUCUUGGCCCAGAAGCACGGGCUGCAAAAACCACGUGGUCUGUGUGUUGACAACCAGCAGCGGUUGUGGGUCGGGCAGUGGCACGACAACAAAGUUUGCGUGUACAAGAUCACAGUAUAG